AUGGCCGCCGUCCAACUCAAGUUCUCCCUCCGGACCUCGUCCAACGUCAAGACCGUCCACCUCGUUGGCUCCUGGGACAACUACUCGCGCCAGUUGCCCCUCUCUGCUGAAGACAAGCCAGGUGCCUGGAUGGGCAAGUUUCGCUUCCAAACCUCCAUGCUGCAGCUCGGCGGACGCUAUUGGUAUUACUACAUCAUGGACGGAUACCACGUCUCGCACGACCCCGCCGUCGAGUACACUGUCGAGCCGACCACCGGCCGUAAGCUCAACAUCCUCGACGUGCCUGGCGGCAAGUCCAGCAGCGGACGCAGCGCCCCCAAGACCCGCCGCGGCUCUACCAGCGUGGCGACUGGCCGCGCCCUCUCGCCCUCCAAGAUCCAGCACCCCAAGCCGAGCAAGCCCUACGCCUCGCGCCAACUUCGUGAGGCAGAGUACACGCCUACCGUCGAUGACCUUACCCGCCGCUUUGCCGGGUCCCGCCUGUCGGACGAGUAUUCGUUGUCCAACAGCCCGCCCAGCUCGGCGGGGUCCUCGUUGUCGUCCCGCUCCUCAGGCUCGACGUCGCCCUCGUCGCUGUCUUCUAUGAGCGAUCCUCCCGUGCAGUGCCGCUGCGAGCGCUACGGGAUCACCCGCAAGGGUGACCGCGUCAAGCUUGACUGUGGCGGCUCGCGUUGCGGGUACGUCACGGAGUCGAGUGAGGCGAGCUGCUCCGAGUCUGAGGAAAGUGAUGAGGAGUACCGCGCCGCACGCAGCGGUGUCCGUCGCCAGGGUAUUGUUGUUCGCAGGUAA